CACGAAACCGGCCAAACUACUUCGUUCAACGGUCGCGCGGCAGCGCGCAUUUUUGCUUGUUUUCUUUCCAAUAGCCCCACCUUUGUUUCGUUAUGAAUUGUUUUUAUACCGAUUGUCUAAUAGAAAAAUAUUCGCCGGUUGAGUUAUUAGAAAAUAAUGUACCGGUACGUUCAGUAUUUCAUUCGUACGAAAUACCUGUGAGUGUGGAUAGGUGUUAAAAUAGGUUGCAGGCAAUCCUUAGGAAAAGUGAAAUGAAUAUUUUUGUGUUUAGUUAGUGAAUAAUGGAGUGUUGUAAAGACAUGGGGGUUCAGAAGCGGCACAGUCAGUUCAGUGACACGAAGUACAAGUGGAGGACCGUGUUUGUGUUUUUGUGGUGCGCGAGUGGUUGUGUGGGACAGGAGUUGAUGGGUGUUGGCGAGGCAGAUCCCUACUUGCUGAACAAGUCGUUGGGGCUGACGGAGUUGCCGGGCGGCGUGAUCGCCGGCGGGCGGACGUUGUGGAAGGCCGACAGCAGCCCGUAUCUCCUCCGGGACGACCUGCUGGUGGAAAGAGAUGCGGAGCUGGUCAUCGAGCCCGGCGUGGAGGUGCGGUUUGCGCCGAUGGUCGGGAUCACAGUUCGCGGGAAGCUACUGGCUGUGGGUAAACACCAAAGCGGGAUAACUUUCACCAGCACAGAAGAGCCGGUGAAGACUGACAAGCCGUUCCCUGACAUCCGGCUGGUGGACGGGCCCUCGAUCCUUGCUGGAAGGGUGCAGCUCCUGCACCGCGGCCAAUGGCGGUCCGUCUGCACCAACUCGAGGAAUUGGACCAUCAACGAUAUGGAAACCGCGUGCAGGCAGCUCGGCUUCAUGGGCGGCUCGUUCUACAACUGGAUGGACCGGCAGCCCGGCCGCCGCGUGCGCUUGCUCUUCGAGGAGCCCAAGUGCAAGGGCACUGAAUACGACCUCUUCCAGUGCGAUUGGAACUCCCGACAGCUCGGCUCAGGAGUCUGCGACUUCCAUCCCGACCUCGCCAUCCAGUGUCUCCCGCAUCACGACGACAACGAACUCGGUAGCUCCGGACGACACUGGCGAGGCAUACGAUUCGAACACGCCGUCUUCGAACGAAUACUCACAGCAGUAAACACUUUAUACGUCCCCACAUCGAUGUCUAGACUCGUACACGUAGCCAUAAAAAACGCCGGCUUGGGUAGGGAUAACAAUGCGACUAGUGCCUUAGACAUAAUUGGAGUGCCGCCGGUAAUGGAAGACAUUGAGAUAUCCAACUCCGCUUUUAACGCUAUCAAUGUGACGUCACCCAAUGCUCCCAUCGUUAUAAACAACUGCACUAUUCAGAACAAUAGAGGCUACGGCGUCUACGUGAACUCUACGUACGGCAUGGCUAGGAUCGAGAAUUGCCUGAUUCACGACAACGGCGGCGACGGGGUCAAAUACGUGGUGCACGAAAUGAAUAUAGACGAGAGGCUCGAUCGCAGCGAAAUAUUCGACCUGUGCACGCUGGCGUCCACGCCUAGUCAAACGUUUCCAUUGCAGAUGUCUAUCGAACAAUCCCGAUACUCUAACAUGGAAAGGGAUUGCAGCCAAAGAUUCUUUACUAGAUCCGAUCACGUUUUAACAUUAAACUUUAUCAAACUCCUGACGAAUCAGAAUGAGACUGGGGAAAUUUAUGUUUACGACGGCCUCACGGCAGACGAUAGACUGUUACUUACGUUUAGCAUAAGAAACCAUACUCGACCUCAGAGUGUAGCUUCCACGAGAAAUCGAAUGUUUGUGAGAUUCAGGGCCAAUACCAGAACUGAUAUUGUUGGCUUCCUGAGAUUGACAUCGGGAGUGAGCAAAACAUAUGAUUUGAAUGUGACCGAUACCAUCAUAUCUGAUAACAACGGUCGAGGUGUUGCCAUUGAGAAUUUAAGAUCACAAAUUCAUAUUCAUCGCACGUCAAUAUCUAAUAAUAACCAUGUCGCUGGUCUGCAUGUUGUGAGUGGAGCGGGAGAUGUAAAUGUGACUGAGAGUAGAAUAUCGUUCAACCAAGGCGAUGGUAUAAACAUCACAAUGACUGGAGGAAACCGAAAUGUAUCGAGAAGUAUUUUGAGCUCGAACCAAGGAUACGGUGUAGCUGUGUGGCUAAACAACACUCAAGAGACUGAAUACAUAUCAAUAAAUCAAACCACUGUUGUAGAAUACUCAGAGAUAUUUAAAAAUCUGGAUGUUGGUAUUUUGCAUGGGAAUUUCUGUGGUGAUAGUUGGGUGAAUAUCACUGGCAAUUGGUUUAAUACUAGCAUGGAAAGCACUAUAGAAAUAUCAACGUGCUGGAGAUUGAAUAAUCCUGUUAGAUUGCUCAAUUUACAGAUAGGUCACAAUAGGUUCUAUCAAAACCUAAAAGUUCCUUUGAAAAUUCAACCAGCUUUAAAUGUGAUGGGACGGAUAGAAUAUAAUUACUUUGAACAUGGAAACUUUGGUGCGAUCGUAAUAAUGAAUCGAAUAGAAGGGAAACACAUAGAAGAAUUUGAAAUACUACCGGCUAGAUUCCAGAUACAACAUAACUAUUUUGCUGGGAAUAAGGGUCCAUUUGUUGUAAAUCUUGGCCUCUCACCCUAUAGUGACAUCCAAUACAUAUUAUUUUCAAGAAACUUUCUACGAGACAACAAAAUAAGAGAACCAUUUGAGCCGCUGGAAGGUGUGUCAUCUCGACUUAUCCCUCGAAGUAGAGUAGCAGCUGCAAUAGUACUUGCAUCCAGUAACAUCGAUGUCUUUAGAAAUAUAAUUAAUAAUCCAGAAGCUCAGUAUGAAAUUGGUUCACACGUUGAAGACCAAAGCAAGUUCCUCAAUUGCACAUACAACUGGCUUGGUUUCGGUGAAGAAGAAAAAGUUUACAAUAGAUUGUUCCAUAGGAAAGAUAGAUACAAUUUGGCUAAAAUACUUUAUAUGCCCUACCUCCUGCAUAGCAGUAACCCCGGUGCUACUCAAAUAAAUUAUAAUUCACUACACGUUCCUCAAUUUAAUGUACCAGGUACGUUUGUUGUGGGUGGAGAAGUAGAGGGUAUAGAAAUUCUAAGAGCAGGAGAAUACGAUGUAGACAAAGACAUUAAUAUUAGACCUGGAGGUAAACUUAUAUUGCAGUCAGGAGUCACAUUGAAAUUUCCGCCAGCUAUAGGAAUAAUGGUUGCAGGAAAACUUGAAGCUAGAGGCAAACGUCCCAAUGAUAUCACAUUUACACUGAAAGAAGAGAUUAUCAUGACUAAUGAUAGUGUUUAUGAAACUGAUACUGAAAUGGAACCUACUACACCAGGUUACAUAGAACCAAUAGUGCCCAUAAGACUUUUGGGAGGCCGCACACCACAUGAAGGUAGGCUACAGGUUAGAAUAGACGAAAAAUGGGGAACAGUAUGCAACUACCGAUGGAAUAUAAUCAACGCUGCAGUAGUUUGUAACCAACUUGGAUUAGUUCUAAAUCCAAAUGACUGGUUUUUAGAACCUAAUGAAAUACCAACUGCUGGAAUGAACGAAGAAACUAUUUUGUCCAACGUUGAGUGCACAGAAUUUGAUACUGAUAUUACUAAAUGCAAAGCUGAGACGAGGGAAAAUUUUGAGAAUUCAUGCGAUCACGAUAACGAUGUAGGUAUACGGUGCUAUGAAACAAGUUGGGCAGGGUUGAGAUUCAGCGUUAUUUCAGAGAGAACAGACUUACAAUAUAUCACUAUCGAGAAAGCUGGACUCCUUGAUUACUCGUCAAAUGCCUUCAAACCUGCACUUCAAGUUGAUUUUGCACGGCAUGGCAUUGAAAGCGUUAAGAUAUCAAACAAUUACCACGAUGGGCUGGGCAUCUUGUACUCUGACUUGUACAGUGCUGAUGCUGUUAAUACUGUCAGAAAUUCAGAAUUCAGCAACAACAGAGGCAGCGGUAUAAGCUUCAAGCAACUUGGUCUAAAAGUAUUCACAUCUGUGAUAGAAAAUAAUGAAGUCGCUGGCAUAUCUCAUAAUCCUCAUUUGACUGGACCCCAACAGAGAGAAUUAGCCGGGUGGUUUAAUUUGGAUCCUGGUUUUAAUAUGGAUGAAUCCAGUUACCGACCUAUUUUUAUACCAGAGUACGAAACCGAUAUUAGUUUAGUGAAUGGAGAGACAAGAUACUUAGUUUUCACUAAACAUUACGGCGAAAACAUAGCUAAAACUUACAAUAUAAAAUGUAAUCCUGGUUUCGUUCUUGGACUGCAACUGUUGAACCCUAUCCACAACUUCUCUUCAGAAAGUAUUUGUAUUUAUGAUUCCCAGAAUAUUAAUGAAGGCAGUACACAAUGGUGUCUAGACCGUGAUUUGUCAACAUUCCCGACCACGAGCAGUAGUUUUGGCGUGGUGCUAACGUACGAGAGUGGUAAUGCCGCUUUAGGAGCCGUCGUACUGGUAGUCAGUUCUGUCCCUGCACCAGUUCAAAAUAUCAGAAACAGAAUAAUCAAGGGUCCCGUACCUACUUUGCAAGUCACGAAUUCUAAAAUCAAAGGGAAUACUAUCGGUGUAAAGGCUCUCUAUUACAACAGAUUCCUAAAUGAAAUAGGAGACCACUUUUUGCGCAAAGCUAAUGAGACUAUCAAAAUAUUUAAUUGUGAAAUUGCUCAUAAUAAAGAAGAAGCAAUUUAUGUUAACACGCCUUUCUGGGAUAUCCACGAAAGUAAUAUUACCGAAAUAACUAUUAUGAUUAAUAGCAGUUUGAUUACUGAUAAUGGAAAAGGAAUUUACCACUUUGCAAGAGAUUUGAGAAGUGCUAACAACCUUUAUCACUACGUAUUACAAGAUAACACAUUCGAAAGGAAUAAGUUAGGAGGAUUUGAUGUGGCACUACCCUACGUUUGGCAAUAUAACGAAAAUUUCACUCAUUCGAUCUACAUGCACAACAAUACAUGGCGAAGUAAUCAAAACUUCGGUAUGAUCAUAGAUGGACAUUUUGCUGAGGUCAAUAUUACAAAGAAUGUCUUCACUGAUAACAAUUGCAAAUCAGGAUUGAUAUCUAUCAGGGGAAUGGAAAAGAAAAUGAGAAUCGAUGGUAAUUUUAUAGAAAAGAACUUCGGGCAGUUCAUGGUUCAGUUUUACAUGGACAGUCAAAGCGAGAUUAUGGGUAUUGUUUAUGCCGUGUUUGUUUACAACCAAGUAAAAAAUAAUAAACACAGCAUGAUUAUGAAUAGAGGAUCAAUAAUAAGAAGUAUAGAUCCGACUUACGUUAUCGGAUUCAAGGGUAUACAGAAAGUAAAAGUGAGUAGAAACUUAUUCGGGAACAAUGACUUGCAAUAUACUUUAGUUGCCGGAAUAAGAACAGCUAAAAUCAAUAAUCUCUUGGAUGUGACUGAAAACUGGUGGGGAAGUUCAGUUCAGAAGGAUAUAAAGAAGCAGAUUUUCGAUUUUGAUGAUUGGAAUAAUCAUGCUAUCGCUACUUACCUGCCCUAUUUACUAGAAGAUAAUCUUGACUCUAGCGUAUCGGCUACCUUUAGUACUGAUUCUACUAUGGACACAAAUGAACUUGGUGGGCGACUACUUUCCGAUUUUAUUCUUGAAUCUCGGUUAGCUCCAUACACGGUGAAAGCUGAUAUCACCGUGAUGCCUGACGUAACUUUAACGAUCAACCCAGGUGUUAUAUUGGAGUUUGCCCCUAAUGUUGGCAUACUGGUAAUGGGAAGACUUGAAGCCAUUGGCCACAGUCAAUCGCCUAUAAUAAUGAAACCCAUCGAAAUGGCGAAAAAUUCGGAAUUCAAUAGAAUCGAAAAGCGAGCAAUCGGUCAAUAUUCGCCUAGUCAUCAUAAACAAAGACGGCAACUAGAAAAUUUUGUUGUAGAAAACUCUAUAAGACUUUGCACAGCAAGAAACUGUUCUGUUGGCGAUAACUUAGUGGAAAGAAAGAACGAAGGUUUCCUGGAAUACUAUAAUAGAACGACUCUCCAGUGGGUGCCAAUGUGUGAUAAUAGAUUUACAGAACGAAACGCUCAAGUAGUGUGCCGAGAACUGGGAUUCGACCCAAUCAAUGUGUUCUUUGCUCACGAUCGUCGAGUGGAAUACCACAGCAAUUCUUUGUCAAGAAUCUGGUCUUGGCCAGAGCCUUUGCAAUGUGUUGGAACUGAAGAUCGCUAUGAUGAUUGUCCUAUCAGGCUCAACGGUCAACUUUAUGGUCACAGACACGAAUGUAAGUGGGAUUCCAAAUUUGUAUUCAUUCACUGUGGUACAAGAAACUUGGAUGAAAACCUUGACUAUUGGGGCGGUAUAAGAUUCACAAAUCCUGAAUUUGAAUACUCUUUGUACGAACAUCGAAUUCACGAUCAUCAUACUCAUGAUACAAUGAAGAAGGUUGAAAGUUCAAUGGCACACGUACAAAUUAUGGGGGCGGGUAUUCUUCACAAUGAGAAAUCGCCCGCAAUUCAAAGCAUCACAAGAAAUCCUAAUAUUAGAAACGUUAACAUCACUAAAUGUGCUCACCACGGUAUUAAUCUCAUAUCACCAACGGAUACGAUUGACAUGAGGUUUACCUCCGUUAAUGAUGUAUUGGGCGAGGGAGUAAACACAAUAUCUCUGACUGGAGAAGGCAGAGAAUCAGAAGAAUCUAGUUUUACGCCUUUGAAAGAUCUGAAUCUCCCGUAUCAUCUGUUUUCCCUAAUUAACAUUUGUGAUAGCAGCAAAAUGAUCGUCGUUGAAGAGAGAGUAUUGCUUUACUACAAAUAUGAUAACAAUCCAGUUAACUGUGUCAAGAUCUUCAAGAGCAUGUAUAGAGUCAAGCCUUUUGGAUUUAGAUUAUUGCAAUUUAAUUUAUUCAAUCACACUCAAGAUUAUGGUAAAAGAGAUUCAUUGACUCUUUAUGAUGGGGAUAUCUAUAACAUCACGGCACCUAUGAUUGGCUACUUGGAGAAUGGAUCACCUGAUGAAAAGAAGCUCUUCAGGACUGACGGAGGAAGCUUGAGCGUCAAACUCUUUGCUAAUGGUGCAUCAGCUGUCCACGGCUUCAUUGCUGAGAUCGUCACGUUGCCAAUAUCUGCUAUUGGAAUCAGUCGAGACGUCCAGCACAAUAUAUCCAACAGUGAAUUCAUAAAUAAUAGAGAUGGUGCUAUUACAUAUCAAUCUGUGGGCGAGGUCAAUCCGUUAGUUGCUAUCACUCGGAAUGAAAUCUCAGGAAACUGCCUCAAGUUGUACGGAAACUUCACCUCCUGCCAAGCUGCUGUCAGAGUCGAUGUCCAAAAUACGCAGACUUUGGUGUUCAGAAACAAUCUCAUUCGGAAAAAUGUUGGAGGUCUAUUGGUUAGAGCUGAUUCACGAGGAUCAGCUACGUCUCUGCGUGGGUGGAUACACAAUAAUCUCUUCUUCGGCAAUCAUGACUUGCCUUGUCUUCAAGUGGAAGGUCGCCAGUCGUCCCCGUACCAAGAAGUAACAAUCUACCGCAACUACUUUACCCGGAACAACGUCCCAUUCAAGGAUGUGAUAGUGCUCAGACAGGUCGUCUCCAACUUCACUUUCAACUACGUUCACGGCAACACGGGCCAGAGGAUCCUCGAGGUAUCAGGCUUCGACAAAGUCAGACUGCCAAUCUACCAAACCACUUCACAUAAUGGAUUUUACAAAAACUAUGCAUUAGAUCGGGAAGGAAGAGCCACUGUCGUAGCGGGCACCGCUGGUCAGCACUAUGUCGAUAACAUUUUCUUUAACCCAGACAAUGAUUAUGAGAUGAUAACUGUCAACAGAUCUAUCUUUCUUGACUAUAACCCAAACGUCAUGAGUGCCCUGGAUCUUUGGCGAACGCGUAUAGACGCCAAACACAACUUCUGGAGUUACAACGAAACCUUGGCUGUAGCCGGUCGGAUUAGGGAUCAGUCGGAUAACCCAUUGCUACUAGAGGUGGACUACCGACCCUUCUAUAUGAACAACCAGACGGUGCUCGGCGGAGGCAAGUGCCCGCCAGGCUGGGACGUCGUCGCUGACACUUGCUAUAUGUACGUGGGCGCGCCCAUGACUUAUGAAGAAGCGAGAAUGUUCUGUUUGUCGGACAACGCGUCAAUGCCAUACGUGAGCAGCAACUACGCGGCGCUCUACGAGUUCAUCCAGAGACAGAACCAGUGGUUCCAGUACGGGGACCGCGUGUGGGUCAACCACAUCGACUACGUCACGCAGUGCACCUCUUUCUCUUUCUCAACCAUCGACGUCACCGACUGUAACCAGAAGAAUGCUUUCAUUUGCGAGAUCGAUCCGAAGAUCUCAAUCGACCCGAUGUCGUGGCGCGGCGACAUGCUCGCCGUGGCGUUCAUCGGCGUGCUGGCCGCUACAGUACUGCUGGUCGGCGCCGCGCUCGUCUGCUGGUACUCCAAGUCUAAGCACAGACAUCUGCAGCGCCUGGAGCGCCGCAACUCGAUCCGGCAGUCGCUGCACUCCGUGCGCUCCAUCGGCAGCAUCAACGGGCUCGCCGACACCGCCUACCGACGCAAGCUCGCGCAAAUGAGUGCCCGCUCCACCGACACGCUCACCAAAGGCUCGGACUACCGCAAGAUGCUCGCGUCCACCACCUCCAUGGAAUCGAUGGAGAAGAGCCAGUUCAACUCCUCACUCGAAGACACUCAGAGCUUCGACAUCUACGAGGCUCACAACCCCAACGCUAACGUCAUGCCGCUGAAGCAUAGCACCUUCAUGAAGAAACCUGCGUCUCCAGAGUACUCGAUACCCCAAAACAAUAAUCGACCCUACGAGAAUACGCGGCCGUUCGAUAUCGCGUUCAGAAACGAAGGUUACAGAGACAACUCGGCGCCAGCUAGUGAGGCGCCUUCAGUGACUACUGAAGAGAUGCCGAUCAUACAUCAUCCGGGUGGGAUGACGUCACCGGAGGAUACUUUAUCGCCGAAUAGUGAUCAGUAUUACACGUCAGAUACGCUGCCGCUGCGAGGACAGGGUAGCGAUAGGGGCCGGGGCUUCGGGCCCAAGCUGUCGUUCCUGAUGGAGCUGCGCUCGCGAAUGCCCGAGCCGCCGCCUCCUGCUGCGCCGCCCACUACGUUCGGACAGAGGGCUAAUAUUGCUGACCAACAGCAAUAUUUCGAGGACAACCUACCCAGCCCGCCGAUGUACCAGUACGACAACACUCUCUCAGAGAACAUCCCCAGUUACGACUCCAGUCCUCACGACCUGAGCAGAGAGUUCGACACGCCCACCCCAGACUUGCACCACCGAUCGAAAUCCGAAGCGCUACUCGAAACGAACUUCGACUUCGACGAUUCGGAACCCAGUCCGCUGCCGAUGUCUGAAGCACACCGAUCGCAUAGUCAACCUUUAGAGACUGCUAUGUAGUUCGAAUUAGUUUAGGAAACCUCAUAGUGCCUUAGAAAUUAUGAAUGAUAAGAAUUGUUGUGAUUUAUGAAUGUAUAGAAAAAAAAGUUGUUGAGAAAGUUCCAAAGUUAACGUUUAAUUGCUUGGUUAAAUAAAGGUUAUGAACGAAGAAAAGCUAUCGCUAACUGUAUUUUCUAAAGUUUACACAAUAUCAUUACAAUUAUUUUAUGAACCAGUCACAGGGUAAAUGUCUACCAGUUUUUUUUUUAUUCACAAUUUACGAUCGAAGUGAUAGUGGGACCGCGAAUCAUGAAAAUAACUAUUGUCAAAUCAUAACAUGUUGUACGUAAGUACUUUUUGUGUCUUGCACCACUGCCAGUAAUGUGUAUUAGCCUAAGUUGAAUUAAGUUAGCAGAAAUAAUAUUAUUCGUAUUUUGAUAAAAAAGAAGUAUUGCUACAUUUAGAAUUCCCACUUAACGGCUGUCGCGCAUGUCGUGGUGGCCAGAUAGGUACUUUUGUAAUGUGAAUGAGGAUACAGCAAUAAUUUCUGUAAUUAUAACUUUAAAUCCUUUUACGUAGUGAGUGACCAAGAAUAAAAAGACUGAGCGAGGAUUUGUCUUGAUAACAUAAAAGAUUGCAUUUUUAAGUGGUCAUGGUAUAUUAAAAAUAAAACUAUUGGACGAAAAAAUUUUAAAGACCUACUAUGGAAAGUAGGCGCACGAAAUUGAUAAAUAAAUCAAUUUACUGUUUAGGGAUAGUGCUUUAUAGAAUUACAAGAUCUCAGUUAAUGAAAUAACUUUAUUACUAGCACAAUAUUUAUGUAUUUAACGCUAUUAUAGUAUCCAAGAUGGG